AGCCCCCCACCUCUGUGUCCUGCCCAGAUCCGUGCCGCGAUGAAGCUGCUGGUGGCCGCGUUGCUGCUGCUCUGCGCCUGCAGCCUCCAGGCCGCCCUGACAAAGCGCGAGGCUGAGCCCGAGCCCGGGGCCGAGGCCGCCCCGGAUGCCACCAUCCCCCUGAGCCGCCACUUCCAGACCUUCUCCGACUUUGUCACCAAGGAGCUGCCCCAGAAGCUGCAGGCAGAGGAGCUGCGGAGCCAGGCCAAGGCCUAUCUGGAGCAGGCCAACCAGCAGCUGACGCCGCUGGCCCAGGAGCUGCGCAGCAACGUCCUCCAAUUCUUCUCCUCCCUGCUGGAGCUGGGCAAGAGCAAGGAGCAGGCCUGAGCGCCGCCAUGGAGCCCGCGGCCCCCCAGCACCAAUAAAGCCUUUGAGCUGCC